GUGAGAAUGAGUGAAAAACACUUCAUCAUCUUCAUAAACUCUCACACCUCCCUCUCUCAAAUCACAACACACAGAAAUGGAUCGUGGCUGCCAAAACUACGUCGUCUACCCAGUCAUUUGCUUCCUAGCACUCAACUUAACACUCUCUCUUCUCGUCAUGCAAUCGGACGGCAGAUAUCUCCGGCCAUCAGACCACGGCUUAUCAUACCAAGACACGGCAGAGCCGACCAAAGAAACCGACCCGGAAAUGCUCUCCUUCUUUAACAACGGAAAAAGGGUGUCGUUACCCGAGGCCAAGAACUUAACCACCGGCGCCGGCUCCGCUGGAGGCUUUUCUCCUGGUUCCGAUCCGGCGGCGGCGGCGUGGUGGAGAAACAGAGAAAAGAAGAGGUCACGUGACAUUCACAAAAAUCACGUGAGGGAAAUAUUACUCAUAAGCAGCCUGGUCUGCGGGCUGGGCGGCGUCGUUUUGCUGGUGGUUUCGGCUUUCCUGUUUAUUCUGCGGUACAGAAAGCAGCGGCCACAGCUGGAGGUGCAAAGGUCAAAAGAGUCAAAGGACAGGUCUGUGUCUACGUCAGCGUCCGCGUCACAAUUGCCUUUGGCACUUAAGAACUAAUAAUAAUAAUUAGUGGAUAUGAAAAUGGCACUUUUAAUUGAUGUAUUUGUAAAUGUUGAUUAGUACUAAAUUGCUGCAGUGACAGUUACAUUUCCAGUGAUAUUAUUUUUUUGCCCUUUAUUGUGAGUGGGAUUUAAAAGCUGCAUGCUUGGGACUUGGGUGUAACUAAUGAAUUAUGAUGUUGAUAGAUUAA